GUUGCGGGAGGCCUGACGCUCUGAACUCUAAAUAAGUGGACGCUUUCUGAGAUGCCAGGCGGAGUGGCAACAUGGAUGGCCUUUCACUAUUGGUUAUAUAUAUAGAGUUGAUAUAAUAGAGGGGAUACCUCCGGUCGUGAACAAGACAUGCGUAUAUACAUGGUACCAAGUCAACCCCCUUUAUUCUUCCCAAAAUGACAUCAGUGUGUGACACGGAAACGGGAGCGACGAAUGCGGAAGACAUCGGCUGCAGGCGUCUUCGACAGCUCUUUCCGGUGUUGGAUCCAAGCCGUUGAGAUGGUUCUCAACUCUCAACCAAGGUUUACGUUGGACAGGGACAGGUGCUUCUCAUAUACAGUGCUUAAGUUCGUGGUCUCAAUCAUGGGGAGACGGGACGUGCGCACCGUUGGGGUCGGGACCCGGUGUGUGGUGUCCGGUGUCCGCCCAGUCUGAGAGUUUGCAGGUAGAUUGCCAAGUACUGUAGAUCCAAGAUGGCUGCAAUGGCGAUGUGGCUGACUUUGGGCCUUGCAGGGGCCGUACGCCACACAGACCAUGGCGCGACUCAGCUUUUCUCUGGCGAGGACGUUGACUGUUCUCGGCUGAAGCCAGCUCCGGCUUCAGAGCAGGCUUGGAAGGCACCAAAGUAUGACUACCAGAUGGGCGACGUUUGGUCCACCCAUUUCCAACCGGAAAACUGCUCGAACUACUUCAUCUACUAUCCAAGGAAAUCGGGCUACGUGGUGAUGCAACAACCUCCUGAUUGGAUGAAUUGGAAUACUUGCCUUCUUGAGGCCCUUUGGUAUGACCGACCGGCGAAGUUGUGCGACCACUCGAAAGAUGGCAGCUUCGUGACAACUACAUUGCCUGAUAUGUGUAAAGAAGAACUGUGCAACUUGGCAAAGACAGGUGGUUGGAAGGCUGGACUGUUCAAACAAAAGCCUGCCAAGAAGAGGCCCUGGCAUGCCCGAAUGCCUGGGGCCAGAGAAAGCAUUGGCUAUGAAGAUGCCUUCGAGUCACGCUGUUUGCAUGGACAACUUCAGGACCUGUUCCCAAGCUUCCAUGAGUUUGCGAGGCGCUACGACCUGAUCACACCUGAACAUCAGACCUUCAACAAGAAGGCCUGUGGAUGCCCGACUGCAGACAAUUGCUGAGCCAAG